ACAGGUGUAUUGGCUCCUCCCCUCCAAUCUUGCACAGGUGUAAAAGUAUACGGCUCCUCCCCUCCAGUCUUGCACAGGUGUAGCAGCUCCUCCCCUUCAGUCUUGCACAGGUGUACUGGCUCCUCCCCUUCAGUCUUGCACAGGUGUACCGGCUCCUCCCCUUCAGUCUUGCACAGGUGUAGCGGCUCCUCCCCUUCAGUCUUGCACAGGUGUAUCGGCUCCUCCCCUUCAAUCUUGCACAGGUGUACUGGCUCCUCCCCUUCAAUCUUGCACAGCUGUACUGGCUCCUCCCCUUCAGGCUUGCACAGGUGUACCGGCUCCGCCCCUCCAGUCUUGCACAGCUGUACCAGCUCCUCCCCUUCAGUCUUGCACAGGUGUACCGGCUCCUCCCCUCCAGUCUUGCACAGCUGUAGCAGCUCCUCCCCUUCAGUCUUGCACAGGUGUACCGGCUCCUCCCCUUCAGUCUUGCACAGGCGUAGCGGCUCCUCCUCUUCAGUCUUGCACAGGCGUAGCGGCUCCUCCUGCCCUUCAGUUUUGCACAGGUGUAGCGGCUCCUGCCCUUCAGGCUUGCACAGGUGUAGUGGCUCCUCC